UUACGCUACGCCAAACCCGAAUUCCUCAACUCCAUAGCCAAUGACACGCCUCUACCCAUGAUUGUGGAUGCUGAGAUGGGCAUGCCACUAGACCUCAGUCAAUGGGAAUGUCUUUGGGACGAGGACGGGGACGACUCUCUCCUCAACCCUGAUACGAAUAACCUUCCCCUGCUUGAUCCCGCCGACCAAGCUUUAUUGGGUGACCCCGUGUCAAUGCCGACGCCCUACACCAAUGGCAGCCCCUCAGCCGUAGUCUCUGGUGUAACUACACCCACGCCCGCAAACGUCACUUGGCUGCGCAAGACCGAAUACCUUAGUCGCGAAAGCUCUCAGCGUGGAUCCACGUCCCAAGAACCAAAAAUGCUGCAACAGCACAUUGAUGUCUCGCGAGCCGCCCAGCUGCGCGACAUCGAAGCAUCCUUCUCUACAUGCAACGACCCAUCCUCCUUCGACCUCGCUACGCUCCAGCAUCCCAAUAAACCCGGGGUUACCGCAGUCGAGUCUUAUGAGAUUUUCCCGGAUGCCGACAUCUGGGCGAACGCGUAUGACCUCUUCCGGUUCAACGAGCGGCCUGGAGAGCGGCCAUUGGACGCGGAGGAUCCACGGCUGGACUGUGCUAUUCUGCGUCCAAUGGAGUCCGACGGCGACCAUUUCCUUGCAUACUACCUGACAAAGGACGACGAGUCCGCAAUUACCUUCAAAGAGUCCCGCUCAAUCUCACAACACGCUGAUGCCGACCAACCUUCCGCCUCCUUCCAUUAUGUGCGCGACUACGAAACCGUCAAAGUCGAACAAGAAGUCCCCAACGAAUUCCUCCUCGUCCUCGACGACGGCGACACCACACCCUACCCCACGUCAUCAUCACCAUCAGUACCGCGCGCCAAGGCCGCAUACUACAAGAACAUCGAGCGCAAGAUGACGCUCAAGAAGCGGCGCGUCGCCGGGAACGAGUCCUAUGGCGACAAGUGGCAGGUCGUGCACGUCUCGCACACGCCCUUUGCGCAGGAGGAGCUCGACGAGCGCGCAGAGGUCCUCGCGGAGGUGGUCGACCCGAUGUUCCUCCUCAACCGGACCGAGGCGGACGCGGAGGGCGAGGUCGACGAGAGCGCCGUCGCGCAGGCUGACAAGACGGACGACGUAAUGGAUACGGCGGACACGGAUCCGCUGGAUAUCUUCUAG